AUGCGGUGGCCGCAAAGGGGCACACAGGUGCAGACGCCGGGCGGGGUGGGGGGGUGCUCGGAGCAACAGUGGUGGGGUGCGGACAGGGUCUCUUCCGACAUCCUCAGACCCUCCUACGACGUUCGUGUUCCUGUCUCCUCUCUGCUGGUCGACCCACCGCCAAAAGCAAAAGACCGUGUCCCAUUCGCUGACGUCGCCUGA